ACGCUCUGAACCCAGUGCUCUCGAGUUUCGGCGGGCAGCAGUUUCUCCCCGCCCAGAGGGGACACGGGGUGCCCUCCGUCAGCCCCACUUUCUUUCUUAUCCUACAGUGGUGCCCUGCAACCUUCGGCCGCGCGCUCUCGCAGACCCGCCCGCACCCAGCCCGCAGCACCGCGCCUGCACCAAGAAGAAUGACACAAGAGCAUGCCUCAGCUGAAUGAAACCUUUAUCUCCACGGUUUUGCCAAUUUCUGGUGGCAUCAACUAGGAUUUUUUACAGUGGCUAUUGAUUUAAAGACAUUUGAUUUAAAACUGAGCAGGCAAUGACUUUAUCCUGAAUUUGUCCCUAAUGUUGCUUCUGUCCCUCAGUCAGGGCACCAGUUGCUCUUCCUCCAGCUGCUCAGAGGAAGAGAGGAUGGUGACCACAUUCGGGCCUCUUCCCCUUCUCCCUCUCGUGUCCAUCCUCAAAGGAGCCCUGGACCCCAAUUCCACACUCUCACUGGAAGGUGCAUUGUACUUUCCCCUUUGCCACUGGGAUGUCCAUCUGAUACAAAGAGUUUCUGGGACUGGAAAUGCCCAGUACUUCAAACAAACCACUAUUCAUUUACAAAGCUAAUGGAAGGGCUUCAGAGGAGCAGAUACGGAACCAUGGCUGAAGGCGGAAUAGAACAUCACGGCUUUGAAUCUUCCUCCUCAUUGAGGAUCAUCCUGGUAGGGAAAACAGGCAGCGGGAGAAGUGCCACCGGGAACAGCAUCCUCUGCCAGCCCAUGUUUGAGUCCAAGCUGGGGGCCCAGGCGGUGACCAGGAAGUGUCAGAGGGCAACAGGCAUGUGGAAUGGGAGGACCAUCAUGGUGGUGGACACGCCCCCCAUCUUUGAGGCCGAGGCCCAGGAUCAAGAGGUGUAUGAGAAUAUCGGAGCCUGUUACCUGCUGUCGGUGCCAGGGCCCCACGUGCUGCUGCUGGUGACCCAGCUGGGGCGCUUCACCGAGCAGGAUGUGGUGGCCGUGACCAGGGUGAAGGAGGUCUUUGGGGCAGGAGCUGAGAGAUAUAUGGUCAUCCUCUUCACCCACAAGGAAGACUUAGAGGGCGGAUCCUUGGAUGAGUACGUGACAAACACAGACAACCUCAGGCUGAGGCGCCUGGUCCGAGAGUGCGGGCGGAGGUACUGCGCCUUCAACAACCGGGCCUCGGGGGAUGAGCAGAGAGAGCAGCUGGCCCAGCUGAUGGCCGUGAUCGAGGGGCUGGAGCGGGAGCACCAGGGUGCCUUCCUCACCAACGAGCUCUUCUUUGAUGCACAGAUGCUCCUGCAGAUGGGGGCUGGCGCCCAUGGAGAAGGUCAGAGGCGCUACCUGGACAAAGUACGGCUGCAGGUUGCAAAACAAAAGCAAGACCUGAAAGAGGCCAAGAGAAACUGUGCCUUCAAGGCGCUCCUCCGACUCAAAGCCUGGAUCGUUUCUCAUGUCAAAAUAUUUGUUCUUCUUGUCCUGUGCCUUUUGAUUUUUCUUGCCAUUGUAAUUAUUUUGUGUACCCAUCAAGGCUGAGCAUUUUCAGAUGACAUCUGCCAUCAGCUUCCAUUUUUUUCAGAGUCAGUAUAUCACUAACUCAAUGGACAUGGGUUUGGGUAGACUCUGGGAGUUUGUGAUGGACAGGGAGGCCUGGUGUGCUGCAGUUCAUGGGGUCGCAAAGAGUCAGACACAGCUGAGUGACUGAACUGAACUGAUAUCUAUGUUGAUCAGGAACUUUAUUUGCUUUUCACAUAAUUUCACUUACAAUUUCUGUUCCUUGCAUCAGACAUGCCAUCCCUUUUCUCCAGUUGCUUUUUAGGUAAAUAAAAUCCAAAGGGGGAAAAAAAUUCCCUUUCUGUUGUGUUAAAAAUGGUGAAGGCAAAUAAUAAACUAAAUGCACAUCAUCAAGAAAUAUCGAGGAGUUUGCAUAAAGGAAAGUGAGUGGACUGACAUGCUGUGUGAGCAAGCAUCUUACCGGGGACCUACUUUUUACAAUUGAAAUUGCUUAUUUUAUAUGAAAGAUACUCUGACUUCCUUGUAGGUUGUAAAAAAAAAAAUUAUACACUCCACAAGAGAGAAAGACUAGGAUGUUCUGGGACAUCUCUGGGGUGUGAAGAGGCUAGGGGAGAAAGGAAGAAGGCCCUAAAGAUGGGGUGAGGAGGAAGAUCUCCGAUACUCAGCCACUGGGAAAUUAAAGAACUAGAAAUCCUUAGAGCAGGGCUGGAUGAGAGCCAGAUGAUAAGUGUAGGAAUUCAGGCUUAGCCGGCCAUCUGAUCUCCUUCAACACUCAACCAUCCUCUUGAGCAUGAAAGCCACCCUGGACAAGAAGGAAGUGAUCUGCAAGGCUGCAUUCCCUACAAGUUUAGAAAUUUGAAUUGCAUGAACUUUUCAUAUGUGGUGAUGAAACAUUCUGCUUCUUUUGAUUUAUUCACCCUUUAAAAAAUGUAAAAGCCCUCUUCAGCUCACAGGUUAUAUACAGAACUGGCCUCAGCCUUGAUUUGCUCUGCAGGCUGUGGUUUGCCCACUCCCGUUUUAGAGGAGAUUUUCCAUCAUGGGUUGAGCUGGGAUGUAGUGGAACAUCUUGAAUCCCAAGGUCAGCACAAUUGUGUGUGAUACCUGUAGAAAUUUGGGGGAAAGGUGGCAUUGCACAUUUCAGUGGUAGAAAAGAGAAGCAGGCAUACACUGGGGUGAAGUCUGAGCGGAGGUCACCAAAUCAGUGGAAAGAGGAAAUCAGAUGAGGAAGGGUCUGGGUGACCCCUUGCCAACUUCUUCUAUGGGAUAGCUGCCCACGCUAUCCCCUAGAACCUUGAAGCCCUCUGGGCUGGUCAGAUCCGGUGGAGUCGACCUUGAAGCCCUCUGGGCUGGGCAGUCUCCUCCUCCCUCCAGGGAAGGCACUGGACCAGGGAAGACCCAUGGUCGCACAGGCAGCCUGUGACUGGGUGGGUAAAUGAUGAACUCUCUGUGACGCCCAACUCAUUGUCCAUGUCCCUGCUGGUGAUAAAAGUGCGGUUUAUCUCAACAGUGCUAUUCCAUAACCGAUUCCAACCUGUGCAAGGAGUGUUAUGUGUGAGCUCCUCAAACCCUUGAAACACCAAGCAUCUCGGAGUUCUCAGACCAAAGAUCUCCUCCUCCAUGCGGUCUUCCCACACUGUCUGACCCAAGCUGGCCUCUCCCUUCCUUGACUUCAUCCAGUUCUGCUCCACCCACACAUAGCUGAGUGCCCAAUGUCAGGGUCUCUGCUGGGCGCCAGGGAUCUGAGAGAAGUAAGGCCAAAGUCACCUGUGUGGUAGAGGGAGGAAGGCAUAUAAAAAUGAGGGUGAGCCGAAAGUGAGAGUCCACACAGGGAAGCAAGAGUAGCCCUCACUGGUCAUGACUAAAGAAAGCCCGGGCAGGAACGAAAACCCAGUGGGCCAAUGAAUAAAUUAAACUAAAAAUGGGUGUGAGAGAAAUUUGUCUGUGGUGGAAUGUCAACCAGAAGGAGAGUGUGGGCUCAGGGGCAGAGGCGCCGUGGCCACGGUGAGGCCGGGGCUUCUAGAAACGUGCCGGCCCCUCCCUCCAGGACUGACUUCAGGCAGAGGGAGCAGGCAAGCCAUUCAGAAUCACAGUAAUCAAAGUCUGUGCCCCAACCGGUAAUGCUGGGUCAGGCAGGAGAUUGAGAAUCACUGGAGGAGGCAGGGAGGGACCAGGCUGGGCGGGGCCCUGGGCGGGUUCAAGGGCUUUCUCCCCAAGGUUUUUAAGCAGGUUAGGAAUUUCAGAAAGAUCACGCUGCAGCAAUGUGGCGGUUGGACUAAAUAAGUGUGAACCUAGGAACAUGGCAUCACACUCAGAAUAAAAGUAUUCCGUCUCUAGCCAUCCAUCGGGGCCUGAGCCGUAAUGGGAGGUGUGGGGAUGGAGAGGACAUGACAGGAAUGUGGACACCGAGGGGGUGAAUUGACACAGAGUGGCACUGACAGCAAGUUCGGGAAGGAGCCAGCUUUCUGUCGGCCUCCUGGGGACUCUGGCUCCCCCCACUGCCCGGGCCCUCAGAGUACACUGGGCUGAGCAGAGGAGGGUGGAGACUUCAGAUUCGGUGGAGUCAACCUUGAAGCCCUCUGGGCUGGGUGGUCUCCUCCUCCCUCCAGGGAAGGCACUGGACCAGGGAAACUCACUAAAGAAAGUAUUUGGGAGCAGGGCUGCUGGAGGAUGACCUCCCUCCAGGGAUGCAGAUGGUUGAUACCCAGGCCUCCCCUCAAUGAGAAAGCAUCUCUCACCCGAGGAGCAGCAUUUCUCAGUGAGUCAGAUGGCAUUCCACCUUUGUUGACUUCCCAGGGGAGUAAAGCUGGAGGGUGAACCCAGGAAUAUUUUGCAGUAGAGGAGGAGACAGGGUCGUGCUCCACCUUGACUCACACAUGGAUGUUCCCCAACGUGAUCUCUUGGAAACUGUUCAAAUAUGAGCGCUGAUUCUCCCUCAAAAGAUGAAGGAAGCACAGAAAAAUCCACCUGGGGGCCAUCCCAUUUCCUCUGCCCCUCCUUUUGUCAUUUUCAGAAUAAUUCAUUCCAGUGGUUUUUCACAUUCUUGGGAUGCAGUGAACUUCCAUU